AUGUCCUUGGCGAAGUUAUUUGUUAAAGGUAGCCAAGCCCAAAAGAGGACAGGGCUUCUUCUACACAACUCCAGUAACUUUAUUUAAGGUUGACAACACCAUUACAGGUCCUAUAACACAAAAAAACAUUUCCCAUUCCUGAUGCCUGGCUCCAAGCCAUCCUCCUCACCAGCUCCCAAGAGUCUACUGCAGCCCAGCCCAAGAAGAGGCACCCAGAAUCGGCCAACAGUGCUGACCUGUGCUGCACCAUGCAGGCAAGAAGUACACUCGCCGUCGAUUCUGAGCCAACAGAGGGCCAUAACUUCUCAGGACAAACAGAACCACAAGGUGCCGACCUGCAAGGUCAUCCUCACAAAUAGCAGUGAACCUGGCUUCCUGCCCCUUCCGAGGUCUUUAGUAUCACAAGGAACCCAGUCAGCAAGUUCAGGCCAUGCCCUAUCCCACCGAAACACCAUUGAGAACUGGGAUUGGGUUCUGUCACCAGCUCUCCCUGCCCUCCAUUCCAGAAAGCGGUCCCCAGGGAAAAGGAUACCUGUUGACAACGCCCCUUGCUUUCACAGCCUUGCGGAAAGAUCCAUGUGCAGGGAGCGCAGAGAGUGGCUGAUGCAAGAAGAGCUGGUGCACAAAUUAACUUUGCAGCUGGCACAAGAGAAGCAGAGACUGUAUGUUAUGCGUGCAGAGCUGGCACCCAACUCCCAUUCACAACAUCUGGAUGCACCAGGGCUAGUCCUUUCAGGUCAGACUAAAGAGCCAAGGAAUGAAUGUGAGGGUCAGGAAUACCUCUCUAACAGCCAUGGAGCCCACAUCGGUUUAGAGAGAAACCCCAGCAUGGAAUAUUAUCAGUACACCAUCAACCGCCCACCUUUCACAUAUGCUGCCCUUAUUCGAUGGGCCAUCCUAGAAUCUCCCAAGAAGCAGCUCAACCUGAAUGAGAUUUAUCGCUGGUUCAGCAACAACUUUGGCUACUUCAGGCACAACGUAACUACCUGGAAGAAUGCCAUUCGACACAACCUUAGCUUGCACAAAUGCUUUGUGCGUGUGGAGAAUGUGAAAGGAGCUGUGUGGACCGUGAAUGAGUUUGAAUACCAAAAGAAAAGGAACCAGCGUUACUCCACUUAUCCUCGCCCAGUUCUGGACAGCCAAGGAACAGGAGGCUCUUCUGCGGCAUGGGAGAGAAUGGGCCAGCCAAGAACAGAAAGCAGCAUCUGCUACAGGCCAGAGUCCUCCCUCCCCUUUUUGUUUCCUCAGGGACCAUGAGCUGAAGGAUCCAAUGCUGACUUCCCACUUCAGAAGUCCCGGGGAGUGGGGGAGUGAAUGAGCGCACAUGUGUGUGAGCAUCUAUGUGCACGUGGUCAAGCUGGCUUCCAAGGCCCGUCAGCUACUCUAGAAAACUAAUGCAGUCUAAACCACCCACAUACCCCUGCUCCAUGUUACUCCACACCCAAUCAGCACCAGUACUCUGCAAAAGAAAAGAGAUUUUUAUUGUUUUGAGGGAAGGAGAAGAAAUGGGUUUGCUUGGAAAUAAUAAAUGGAGGAAACCAAGUCCCCCAACAUCUGCUUCUCCAAUAUACAAUCUGUCAGAAGGAUAGCACAAGGGGCCAAUCCUCCCCGCCAAAUACGUACUGCACUUUGGCUUGGUUUUAAGCAACUCACAAUGCAGACAAAGCCUGGAAGGAUGAGCCCUCCUCACACUCCCCAUGCCCCUCCUUUCUAGAGGCACAGCAGAGUUUAAAUCAGAAACAGGCCAGGCCCCCACAAGCACCUGUGGCUGUGUACUGGGAUGGGGGUCUUCACGUCUCUCGGGUACGGCUGAGUAGUGCUGCAUUUUCUUGCUUCAUGGCCCGGUAGUCAUUGAGGAUCCUCUCCAAAUUGCUCAGGGUUUUUUUGCUGGUUUCACUCUCAAUCUGCGAAGAGACAUUUUACUUUAUAAGUGAACUGUGUGUUUAACUGCUGGAUAGUGUUGGGGGGCAGAGAGAAUGUAGUAGUUUUAUGUUGAUAUCCUAAUUGUAUUAUGCAAGCUGCCCUUUAAGAGGUGCACUC